AUGACUCAAAUAUCCUUUGUAAAAAUAACAGAAGAUGUGUCUAUUCCUGUGAAAGUAUUUAUAAAUAGGAAGAAGAUAAGGAGUUCAGCUAAUAGUUCAAAAGUAGCUAUUAAUCAAAAGUCAAUUGUCAAAUUAAAUCAGGUCAACUAUUUAAAGUUAUCAGGGAAAGAUUUGAAUUCUUUGAUUAAUGAUAUUGAAAAAGAUACACUUAAUUUGCUUAUUGAUAAGCUGCUAGAAGAGAUCUAUCAGACCAGCGAAAAAGGUAAAAUAGUUAUCGACUUGGAUAAUACAUGGAGUUGUACUGUGAUAUUAUCUAUUGAAUUUAUAAUAAAUUUAAGAUUCUAUUUGAACAAGCUUUCAGGGGAUGACAUUCGUUUAAUUGAGGCAAAGAAAGCGAAAAUUAGCAGUAUGAACGAUGAAAACUUGGGAUUUUUGAUAAAAGAGCAGACAUUCAGUUUUCAAGAAGAUGAAGAAAUGAGUAAGAAACUGGUAGACUACAAAUUUCGAAGGGAAAAGUUAAUCAACAAUAUGAACAAUUGUCUUCAAAUAUAUGUAAACAAAGUCCCUAUCAAGCAAACUUAA